AGAACUACGCUGGGACUCAGAUUGAGGCUCUUUGCUGCAGCUCCUCUACUCAUCGACUCAUCUAGUCAUCAGCUCAUCAUCUUAUCUACUCAUCAGGUCAUCCGCUCAUCUACUCAUCAGCUCAUCCUCCUCCGUCCUGGACAGUCAGGGACGAGUUGGAUGUUCCCUCUUUAUUCGUUACACUUCUCAGGGCACUGCCAAAGUGUGAAAGCCGCGCUGGAGCGGAGGUACCUGAGGACCGAACGGAGAAACUGCCGCGCAACUUUCUCCUCGUGGCCGAUUUCGGAGCGUCUUCGCGGAUGAAGUAGCAGGCGCGCGGCUGCGCUCGGAGCGCGCGGGCGCGAUGGAGGGCUGCUGGCGCUGGUGCUACCGCACCUGCGUGUGCUGCCUCUCCGAGGAGGAGCGCAACACCAUCGCCGUGGACAGGGAGAUCAAGAGGAUCCUGCAGGAGCAGAAGAGGAGGGAUCGCCGGGAGAUCAAAAUCCUACUGCUCGGCACAGGUGAGAGCGGGAAGACUACUUUCAUCAGACAAAUGAGGAUAAUCCAUGGCAACGGGUUCUCUGAGGAUGAACGCCGGUCCUUUGCUAAGCUGAUCUUCCAGAAUAUCUUCACUUCUAUAAAAUCUAUGACCAAUGCCAUGGUCACGCUCAGGAUCCCUUACACUAACCCCGAGAAUGAGUUGUUAGCUAAGAAAGUCCAGGAAGUGGACACCCUGCAGGUCACCCAGCUGGAGCACUGCUACGUUGAAGCUAUCCAGCGUCUGUGGGCUGAUCAUGGCAUCAGACAGUGCUACAUCCGCCGGCGGGAGUACCAGCUGCUGGACUCCACUGAGUACUUCAUGACUAAUUUGGAACGCAUAGCAACUCCAGGCUACAUUCCAACUGCUCAGGAUGUGCUCCGUGUUCGAUUUCCCACGACAGGCAUCAAUGACUACUCAUUCACCGUGGAGAAGAUCUCCCUCAGGAUCGUGGAUGUAGGUGGGCAGAAGUCAGAGCGUCGGAAGUGGAUCCACUGCUUCGAGAACGUUACCUCGCUCAUCUUCUUGGCCUCCCUCAGUGAAUACGACCAAGUUCUGGAAGAGAAGGAGACAGAUAACCGUAUGGAGGAGAGCAUGGCACUCUUCUACACCACCAUACACUCCCCCUGGUUUGUACGGGCCUCCGUCAUCCUCUUCCUCAACAAGAAGGAUAUCUUGGCUGAAAAAAUCCAGACGUCUCACCUGCAUACAUACUUUCCCAGCUUCACAGGAAAGAAACAGGAUGCACUUGCUGCGAUGGAGUUCAUAGAGAUGAUGUACAUUCAGCAGGCAGUGAACAAGGAGAAGAGGAAGGACGAGAAGAACAAGGCGGUGUACUCGCACUUCACCUGUGCCACAGACACUCAGAACAUCCGCAAGGUCUUCAGCGACGUCAAAGAAACGGUGCUCAUCAAGUCUCUGGAGGAGUACUACCUACUUUGAACAUGAUGGAAGACACUUGAUCGUAUGCUCUUCAAGGGCAGACAGAGCCACUGUAGGGGGAUUUCUUUCUUUGCUCCACGCAGUGCUCACCAGUGCCAUCCGUUAAUGAUGGGGAGUCCUUCGGGGUGGCUGGGAACACCUGGUCUCAAGCAGCUAUAGUGCAGUGCAGGGAGACACAGCAGCCCUAUGACAAGGGUUGUUCUGCGACACAUAGUGCCUCUGGAUCCUCUGGAUAUGAAUCAUGAUGUGGAGAUCCUAACCCUGAGCAGCACCCCACUUUGGAUUUGCAUAUUUUCAGUAUGCUAAGAAGUAGGUGCGAGUGUCCCGUUCAUAAUUCCGCUGUCGAUGCUGGGCAACUGAGAAACGUCAUAGAAGAGCAGUGUAUGUAGAUUCUGACCUUUGCAGGCAUCCUUUGAUAAUUCCACACUGAUGGAAGAUCAUUGACCUCUAUAUUAGAAAACAAUACACUGCACAAGCUGUUAUAGCUGGGAUUUUUGUAAACAAAGUAAUACUGAGCUUUGUUUUCUUUUCCUCAGUUAAACUCUGGGGUGAUCUGUAGCUGUUCUGUUGACCAGCAAGGCCCACUGACCACAUAAUUUAUUUGCUAAUUUGUCAGUAAUUUAAACUGAAAUUCAACUGGAAAGAACUGAACAGUUAGUUUACAGUGCAAGUGUUUUUUAGCAGUUUUGUUUUAAUACUACAGAAGUAGUGUUAUGACAACUGACAAUGGAGUAUAAAGGUCAGCUGAAAUGAAAACCAUGCAUCAUGGGCAUGUACUGGAACAUCUAGAAACAUUUAAAAUAUCUGUUUACAUGUGUUGUUUUAAAUAUUCCAAUGAACAUUUUGCCUGUCCCUAUAUUUGUGGCAGUGUUGUCUGCGUCAAACUUCUCUUUUUACUUUCUGACCUCCAAAUAUUCUGAGCUGCCAAAUGACAAUUAUAAUAUAUACCAUAAGGGCAGGGUUUACCUCUGCCGCUGUGUAGCAUGUAGUCAUGGAGACAUUUUUGUUUGGGGCAUUUAGCAGUGGGCAAUGAGGCAAGCUGCUGAAUACUAAAGCAGUAUAGGCCUUUCUGAACAUCUUUCCUA